UUUAUAAUGACGGGUUAAUAAAACAGUAGCCUAUUAUUUUUCAAUUUUUGAUUUAUGUUGAUGUAUGUCAUUGCACCAUUUAUGUUUCAACCAACAAGUCAUCUUGAUUUUUAUCAAUAUUUGUAACAAACACAUUGUUUAAAAUGAAAAGUCAACAUGAAACAACAUAGGUUUUCAACUCUUUUUACAUCUGUAAUAAUGAAGCAGGAUAGUUAAAGUAGAAACACCAGGGUAGUUCCCAGAAAAGUAAAUGUUCCCCUUGGGUCAUGUUUGUUCCUGGUAGCAUUUUCACCGCCAAUAGGAACUCUGAAGUGAUGUAUACCACUCUUGUUGCUGUGACUUUUAUUUUGACUGCGCUGAGAACGGCAGAGCCUGAGAAGACAACACUCCCAUUUUCUGUCUUCAUUUCCUUAAGAUUUGUUUAACAGUUCCGUAUAAUACGUUACUAGAUAAAACUGUUAUACAAAGAAAGUAGACAGUAUAUGAACAAGUAUAAGCCUUUGCUGUGUGGUUGAUGCCAAAUGUCACUUCUGAGAAGAAGUAGGCUAUAAUCUUUGUGUACACAACUUGUUUUUUUUUUUAAUUGCGGGUGCUGUUGUUUCAGGUGCGUUCGGCCUAUCAGCAUACACUUAACGUCACAGAUAGUUUCUAUAGUGCUGGGUUAGACCCUACUUCCUCCAAAAGACGUUCCUCGUAUUAAAUCCUGGUAGUGCGAACACGCCAAAAAGUGGAUACUGCUGCCAUUAGUUCUAGGAACUAUGAAAAGGUUCCUCCAGUGCAAAAGCCCACAUUUCAAUGAAGUUAGUGUUAUGACAUUCAUAAAACACAAAGAUACAUUCUUACUGUUCAAACAGCCAAGGUGUGACCAUUUAAAAAAAACAAUACAUUUUCCCCAACAUAUUUAAUUACAUUCAAAUCUGAUUUCAUGUUGACUUUAGAACUCCAAUAUGUUCUAGCUUCUCAUCAUAUCAUAAGUUUGAUUUAUGUUUUUUCUUUCCCCAGGCCAAGGACAUGAAUGGAGUCCAAAAAGAAGCACAAUGGAAACUAGACCCCUUCGACAUGCUUAACAACCAGUCCCUCUUCCAGAACGCAUCAUUCUCCGCGUUACUCCCUCGCUCCACAUCUUCAUCCACCCCCUCCCCUUCUUCUUCUUCCUCUUCUUCCUCUACGUUACCCAGCUCCCUCUCCCUAUUCUCGUCUCAGGACACUAGCAACGCUCCAUGUCUCCUGUCUCCACCCGUCACCUCACGCAGCAAAUCCCAGGAGUCCCUCCGUUCAUCCCCCAAUCCGUUCCUCGCAGACGCCCAACCCAGACCCAACAGCACAAACCCUUUCACCGGCAACCUGCUGUCCUCCCCACACCGACCACUCACACCCGAUUUCUACACCCAGCAUCAGGCCCAAGCAGCCAAACCUGGCCUGAACAGGGCCAUGUCGGCUGUGGUUCACAGUUCCACUCUUCCAACAUCUUUCUCCAGACAACAAUCCUUCGUUCCUGCUACAGCAGCAGCCCCAACCAAACAGUCCCAAAAGUGGGUCACCUUUGAUGACGAUUCAGACUUUUUAAGAAACGCUCCAUCCGCAGUUGGGACCGGCCCGCCACUUAUACCUGCAGCCUCAUCCCUUCCCUUCCCACAACCCCAGAGCAGCUUCCCCAGCUCAGGCUUUGACAUGGACAGCAACUGGGUGUCGCUUCCCACCUCUACAUUCCCCACAAUCCCCCCUCCGAUCCCAACCAGGACUAAUACCAGCAUCAAAAACGCCCACAUCCCUUCCAGAAACGAAUUUACAGAGAGAUGAUACAGCCCAGAACAUGUAUGUAAAAUAUGGAGAAAAUAUUAUUGUGUAUCUAUACGUGUAUAAAAGUGCGGUAGUGGAAAUGUUGACCUGUUUGUAUGAAAGAAAGAAAUCUGGUUGUUGCCUUUAGCCCAAUGCAGAUAGGAAACCAAGAAGAAUUCAUGCAGAUUUAUCACUUUAUGUUUUUUAGAUUUAAAAUUUAAAAUAAUGGGCUGAGAUUCUGUAAUUUGCAUAUUAACUUAUUAAAACUUUACAGUUCAAUGGCCAGAUAUUAAACAUUUAGCCCGCAGAUCAUUCAGCAUCAAGCUACAUAUUAAUCAGAUGUAAAAAAAAAAAAAAUGUACAAAUUUUAAAUUAUAUAUCUUGUUGCAUUUCAAUUUCAUCGUUUACUCACCUUCACGUCAGAACACAAAAGAUGAUGUUUUGGGGGAACAAAAAAUGUGUCCAUUCAAUGGAUCUCAAUGGGGUUGUUUUGGACUCCAAUGACUUGCAUUAUACGCACAAAACUAUUUUUCAAAAAAAAUGUUCCACGGAAGAAAGCAAGUCAAACAGCAUUGUAAAGACGUAAGGUGUGUAAAUGAUGAUAGAUCUUUCACUUUUUGGUGAAAUAUCCCUUUAUCCUGUAACUCAAAUAAGAAAAACGUAUCAUCAAACGCACAUAUUUUAAAAUGCCUGGCUGUGUCCGACCUGUUCUACGCCAUCAUAUCCGUUAAAUGGGCUUCUCAGUGAGCCAAGAUAUGUUUUAUUGUUUCUCUCAUUAUGAAUGUAUCUCUCACCAGUUUCUAUGGCCUAUGUUCACACAACAGACUCCCUCCCACCCCUUGCAUUGCGUAGCACGACCAAUGUGCUUAGCUUUUCAAAAUAUAUCUUCUAUACAUAUUCAUAGUGAUUAUAUGUCUUC